GCUGCUGUCACUGUUGCGUCAUGAAUACACUCCAACCUGCUGUAGUGAUAUUUGAGCUUUGGGCUUUGGGCGGAUUUCCCAAUCACUUCCCUCUCUUGGACUAACAUUGCCAGCGCUACGCUAUUGUCACAAGUAACGCUACACCGUAGAAGAGAACUUUGAGUAAAUUUAACUAGAGUUCUUUUUCUCGGUCAUGGAGGAGUCGGGCGCGACCGUGGCCUUAACUCGCAGGAGAAGGGCAACUUUGGCAGCGGUUAAAGGUGCGGAUCUGCUGCCGGUGAACGGGAGGUCUGCAGCGGUGCGUCAAGGCUCAGUGAACACGGGCAUUACCAGAGACAAUGACCAGUCAAAACAAAAUCGUUCACUGGAGACAAUACGGUUUAAAUCAAAGACUGAGAAAGAGAAACGCAAGAAUGACUUAAAUGCACGACUGAGCUGUCACAAGACCCAGGAGUCUCUGCUGAGUUCUGCCAGUGGAUACAGUAACUACAGAGGAAUCCUCAACUGGUGUGUGGUCAUGCUGGUGUUGAGCAAUGCUCGUCUCUUCUUAGAAAACCUGUUAAGGUACGGUGUUCUGGUGGACCCUAUUCAGGUGAUUUCCUUGUUUCUGAAUGAUUCGUACAGCUGGCCAGCCUGCCUGGUGAUUGUUUCCAACAUGUUCAUUCUGGUGGCUCUCUACACGGAAAGGCAGCUGUCGAAGGGUUCAUUCACUGAACUUGUGGGAUUUCUGGUCCAUUGCAUUAACAUGGCAAUAAUGCUAACAUUCCCUGCUGCAGUGGUCCUAUUGGAUCCCUUCAUGACCCCAGUUGGCGGUGCGUUUGUUCUUGGUACUUACACCAUCCUCUUCCUAAAGCUUUACUCCUAUAAGGACGUCAACAUGUGGUGCAGAGAGCAGAGCAUUGUCAAGGCCAAGACGCUGGCCAGGUCGCUGUCUUGUCCCUCAGCACAACACGUCAGUGGAGGUGACCAUAAGGUAUUUUACCCUGGCAACCUCACAAUCAGAGACAUAUACUACUUUGUCUCUGCUCCAACUCUGUGCUACGAGCUCAACUUCCCUCGAUCUCCUAAUAUUCGCGUGGGUUUCCUGCUGAGGCGACUGCUUGAGAUGCUGUUCUUCACCCAGCUGUUAGUUGCUCUCACUCAACAGUGGAUGAUUCCCAUCAUUCAAAGUUCCAUGAAACCGCUAGAGGACAUGGAUCUGUCCAGGAUGACUGAGAGACUUCUAAGAUUAGCUGUUCCUAAUCACUUGCUGUGGCUGAUGUUUUUCUACGUGUUCUUCCACUCGUCAAUGAACUUCACAGCUGAGCUGCUGCUCUUUGGAGACAGAGAGUUUUACAAGGACUGGUGGAACUCUGAGACAGUGACAUAUUUCUGGCAGAACUGGAACAUCCCUGUACACAAGUGGUGUCUACGCCACUUUUACAGGCCACUGUUAAGGAGAGGAUUUAGUAAAAUGGUCAGCCAAUCAGCUGUCUUCUUCUUGUCAGCUUUCUUCCAUGAGUACUUGGUCAGUGUUCCUCUCAGGAUGUUCAGACUUUGGGCCUUCAUGGGCAUGAUGGCACAGCUUCCAUUAGCCUGGUUUGUUGGUCGCUUCCUGCGCGGUAACUACAGCAACGCUGCAGUGUGGAUGUCAAUUAUCAUUGGUCAGCCAUUCGCCAUCCUGAUGUACGUCCACGACUACUAUGUACUGCAUUACAGACAGGAGUCUACCUGAUGCACACACACACACACACACACACACACACACACACACACACACAUACAUGUCUCCCACUUUGUCUCAUUCUUUCUGUCUGUCUUUCAAACACGCCAGUGCGGAAAACAGACAUACUUUACAUGUCAGGAUGAACUGAUCUCAUCCUGAUCUUAGCAUGUUUACAUUAGACUCCUUGGCCGUUGUAUCUUCCUGCAAUGUUAUAUUUUUUCUUCUUAAAAAAAUGUUUCUUUAAGCUAGGAAAGGUAAAAAUAGUUUACAUACAGUUUAUAUUUAAAGUUGAAAAUGUAGAAAAAAAAUGUUUAAUCUUAAAACACUACUGCAACCUAGGAAGGAAGGCUUCGUUUCUAUUUCAAGUGGUUUCGUCAUGCAGCAUUUGACUCAGGUGAUUUUUCUUCCAGUGAUUUUUUUUUAAACGUCAGACGGACAGUUUGGUUCAGUUUGGGUACCGUGUGUGGUACUGCAGAAAACCUUUGUUUUAGCAUCAACGUUCUGCUGUGUGCAUGGACAUUAUAAUGUCUGUGGCUGGAUGUUAUCAAUUGUCCAGUUGACAACAUGAUUCAAGUUACUUUUGUAAAAGUU